CGAGCGUUGCUUGCUUCGAAGUGCGCUGAGUUUGAUUCGAAGAUCCCGAACCCUCGCCCUAAAGGAUAGUGACGGACACGAUUCACCGCACACCGACAGAAAGAGGCAAAGCUCUGUGGCCGCUAGAAGGACCCACGCAGGAGGCCGAGCGGAGCAACCUUUUCCUCAGAGUUACCGGUCUGGUGAACCAUGUUCUUCCUUAAAACUCUCCAUCAUACUGUCCGUCUUCCACCACAAUUUUUUGGCCCACGGCUACGCGAACACGUUGAACGUAAGCUUUACGAUGAAGUCGAGGGUCACAUUGAGGGCCGAUAUGGGCACAUUAUCUGUGUAUUGGACAUACUGGACGUUGGAAGAGGGGUCCUCCAGCCGAUGACAGGGCUGGCCGAGUUCAACGUUGUAUACAAAGCGCUUGUUUUGAAGGUCUUCAAAAACAUGGUGGUGGACGGAGUGGUCACGACGGUCAAUCAGCUUGGCUUUUGGGCGGAGAUAGGACCAUUGCAGAUGUUCGUAGCUGCCACGCUUAUCCCGUCGUAUUAUCGAUUUGACCCCAGUGCCAACCCACCGGCUUAUGUGUCAGAUGGAGAGGAAGCGGAUAUAUCUCUUCGAAUCGAAAAAGGACAGGCAGUAAGAGCGCGAAUCAUCGGUAUGCGAACGGAUGCUAGAGAAAUUUUUUGUGUUGGGACAAUCAAGGAGGACUAUCUAGGACCACAGGAGGAACUGUAGGCUUCUACGCUGACCAUUCCGGGUCGUGGACAAUAUCACAAGAAGGGAGCACUACAAAGAAAUGCCAUGAUACGCACGCCUCUGCAGCACCAAAGGUUGUAUAUAUUUAAUACGUGUGCUCGCAGGCGUGGUGUGAAGAAUGUGAUGGUGGAGCUGAAAUCAAAGAGGUGGCUACUUGCUCGAAACAGAAUAUUUCUGCUGAACAAAUGAUAUUGGCAAAUGAAUAUAUUUGAGCAAUGUCGUAGAAUCCA